AUGUCUGCUGAAUUAAGUUACGAUAGAUUGAAGAAUCAUUCUGCAAAGUUGCAAUUGGCUAACAAUUUAAAGUUGGCCCUUGCCGUUGAGUUUGCUACGAAGGAUCUUAAGAUAAAGAUUAAUGAUACCGUGGACUCCCCAUCCUUGACCACAGACAAGGUGCAUUUGUUUGAUGCUGAUGCUAUCUUGAGGUACGCCAUGGAUCAGUUCUCUGGGGCGUUCACCUCCGAGUCGUUCGAUUCCUUGUCAAAGUUGGAGCCAGCUCUUUACAAAGAAGAGUUGACAACCCAUGAUAAAGAACACGCCGUUCACGCCCUCAAGAAUUACCUGGUUUCUAACUUGAAGGACACGGACUCUGCCACAAAGUUGAUCACUUUCGCCAACGUUGCUGCUUUGAUCCCCGAUGAAGUUGCUAAGACUGAUUUGUUGAAGCAUUUGCCAGCGAAGAUCACUAUUGCAUGGGAAACCGCCAAAAGAUUGGUUCCUCGUGACUCCGCACAAUUUAAAAAUACUGGUGUAUGCAAAGUGCAGAACGAUUACCUCAUCAAGAAGCAGGACAGUGAGAUUUUGCCAAAGGAUGGAGAAAGAAAUAUCAUCAUUACGUCUGCUUUGCCAUACGUUAACAACGUGCCACAUUUGGGUAAUAUCGUUGGGUCUGUCCUUUCUGCGGAUAUCUUUGCUCGUUACUGUAAAGCCCGGAACUACAAUACUCUUUUCGUUUGUGGUACUGAUGAGUACGGUACUGCCACUGAAACCAAGGCCCUAGAGGAGCAUGUCACCCCCAAGGAGUUGUGUGACAAGUACCACAAGAUACACGCCGACGUUUACAAGUGGUUCCAAAUUGGAUUCGAUCAUUUCGGCAGAACUACCACUGAAAAGCAAACUGAAAUCGCCCAAGAAAUUUUCAUGAAGUUGAACGACAACGGCUACUUGGAGGAACAAUCUAUGCAACAACUGUACUGUCCCGUCCAUAAGGCGUACUUGGCCGACAGAUACGUCGAAGGUGAGUGUCCAAAAUGUCACUACGAGGACGCCAGAGGUGAUCAAUGUGAUAAGUGUGGUGCGCUUUUAGACCCAUUUGAACUGAUCAACCCUCGCUGUAAAUUGGACAACGCAGAACCAAUUCCAAAGUUUUCUGAUCAUGUCUUUUUGUCCUUGGAUAAGCUGGAAUCUCAGAUCUCCAACUGGGUGAAAAAAGCGUCCGACGAUGGUAAAUGGUCAAAAAACUCUAAAACUAUAACCAAUUCGUGGUUGAAGGAUGGGUUGAAACCUCGUUGUAUAACGAGAGAUCUAGUUUGGGGUACUCCAGUUCCAUUGGAAAAGUACAAGGAUAAAGUCUUGUAUGUUUGGUUUGAUGCUACAAUCGGCUACGUUUCCAUCACUGCCAACUACACGGAUCAAUGGAGGAAAUGGUGGAAGAACCCAGAAAAUGUCAAAUUGUACCAAUUCAUGGGUAAAGAUAACGUACCAUUCCACACCGUCGUCUUCCCAGGUUCUCAGUUGGGUACCAACGACCAUUGGACAAUGCUGCACCAUUUGAAUACGACCGAGUAUUUGCAAUACGAAGGUGGUAAAUUUUCAAAGAGUAGAGGUGUUGGUGUUUUUGGUAACAACGCGCAGGACUCGGGUGUGUCCCCAAGUGUCUGGAGAUACUACUUGGCUUCCGUUAGACCAGAAUCUAGUGACUCGCACUUCUCUUGGGAUGACUUCGUUGCCAGAAACAACAGUGAACUGUUGGCAAACUUGGGUAACUUUGUGAACAGACUGGUUAAAUUUGUCAAUGCAAAAUACAAUGGUGUUGUUCCUGAUAACUACGACCCAAGAAACAUUGCUAACUACGAUGCCUUGGUGAAGGACGUCGAUGGGAUCUUGGGUAAUUAUGUGAAGGAGAUGGAAUUGGGCCACGAGAGACGCGGUCUAGAAACUGCCAUGUCUUUGAGUGCCCGUGGUAACCAGUUCUUGCAAGACAAUAAGUUGGACAACUCUUUGUUUGCUGAACAACCAGAUAAGGCCGAUGCAGUUGUUGGUGUGGGUUUGAACAUCGUCUACGCCGUCGCAUCCAUCAUCACCCCAUUCAUCCCUGAGACUGGUGAACAGAUCUUCAAGAUGUUGAAUGCUCCACCAUUGAAAAUUGAUGACACUUUCCACCUGGCUAUAUUAGGCGGGCACAAUAUCAACAAAGCUGAAUACUUGUUCAAGCGUAUCGAUGAAAAACAAAUCGAGAUAUGGAGAGCCAAGUACGGUGGCCAGCAAGUAUAA